AUGUGCCCUGACCAGGAAUUGAACCAGUGACCUUUUGCUUUGUAGGAUGACAUCUGACCAACUGAACCACACUGAUCAGGGCAAGAUAAGAUUUUUUUGAUGGCAUGUCACAGGAUACUGAUACUCAGAGAGAUGAAAGGCAGAAUUCUUUCUUUCUUACAUCUCCAAAGGACAAGCGUCUUCCACAGGAGGGGGGUGCACCUGAAGUAGCAUACUAGUUUUCAUGAGGUCCCUCUGGGCAUAGGGACUGUCCCUAGUUGUCUGGAACUGCACCUGACCCCUAAGUGUGGGAGCCCAAUAAGGGGACUGGGGGCAUGUUUAGUGGCCCCAGAGAGAAGACUCCUGAUGAGGGAGGUAGUUGGGGUGGGAGUUUAGCAAACUGCCCAAGAAGGGCAUAGAAAAGGUUUUUAGUCAUAACUUCCAAACUAGGUCAAGACAGCACUUCUAAAAUAUUAUAUUACAUCAUAUAAAUGGAAUAAUACCAUCUGUGGCCUUUUGUGUGUGGAAGGUGGGUUUCACAGAGCAUAAUGUCUCCAAGGUUCAUGUACAUUGUUGCAUGUAUUAAUAUUUCAUUCUUCUUUAUGGCCAAAUAAUAUUUCAUUGUGUGUAUGGACCACAUUUUGUUUAUCCAUUCAUCAGUCAAUGGAUAUUGGGUUGUUUCCACCUGUUUGCUCUGGUGAAUCAUGCUACUAGGAACAUUCAUAUACAAGUGUUUUUUUUUUUUUUGAACACCUAUUUCCAGUUCUUUCGAGCAUAUAUCCAGGAGCGGAGUUCCUGGGCCAAAUAUGAUAACUAUGUUUACUUGUUGAGGAACCAUCAAGUUACUUUCCCCUUUAAUGUUGAACCCCAUCAAGCAAACAGACAAGUAGAGAGACUAGUCUAAUGAAGCCCAGGUACCCACCUCUCAGGGCUGGCAGUGGUCUCUAGCUCACUUUAUUUGCUUGUUUGCCUCUCUGUCUCUCUAUCUCUCUGUCUCGCCCCUUUGUUUUUGCCAAAUAUUUUAAAGUAAGUCUGAAGGCCAUUUUUCCCUCCAAAUGCCUCAAUGUGCAUAUCUUUACAAGGACAUUUUCUUCCAUGGCUCAGUGCCAUUACUGAUCCAACACAUGAGCAGCAGUGGUCCCCACUGUCCUCUGAGAGUUGCUCCACAGUUGACCCUCCAUACUCCCCAAGGCUUUCCACUCCUCUUUUGUUCAUGCCAGGAUCUCAUCAAGGACUCUGCUGCACUUGGCUGCUGGCUCCUUACAUCUCUUUUCAUCUAUAAUGGUCUUCCUCUGUAGCCUCCUCUUUCUCCCAUGAAACUAAUUUGCAAAGGAGACCAAGGAACAGCUCAUCUUCUGGGUUGGGCUGAUUGCUUCCUUGUGAUGUCUUUAUCUGUCCCAGAGAUGCCCUGUAAAGUGCAAGUUAGGUCCCAAGGCUGCAUUAGAAUCAGGUCAGGCUUUGACAAGAGCCCUCCUGGGCCACCUGAGCACUCCCCAAAGGUAUGUGCCACCACUGUUAGUUUAGCUUUCUCUCAUGACCAGUAGUAGCCCGGGAAGACAUUUUGAUAUCAAAUGGAUGUUGUUCUUCCUCAUUCUUUCAUCUAAUGGUUUUAGCCACUCAACCUUAAGGGAUUCUUUCUCUCUGAUUAAUAUAAACUUCUUCAUCAGAUACAUGAAUUUAUUUAUUCUGGGCCAGUGUUGACUGACAGCUCAUCACAGAGGAUAAGGGAUUUAGGGGCAAUUUAAAUGCUUUGGGGACUCUGUCCCAUUGCCCUCUCUCCUGUUGUACAAACAAGUUGUGCUCACCCAGAGGAGCAUAAGAAAUAGUCUGAACCCAUGUGCCCACCAUCCACAGCCUUGUUCCUCUGCUGCUCUGCCUAGGACUUCCACCUUUUGGUCUCCAGUUGGGUGAAAAUUAUAUGCUUAGAGCAAACUUUCUUCUUCUCCACUGUAUUCUGGCAUUAAGAACUGAUGUGGAGAAAUCUGAUAAUGUCCACUUUGUCAGUGACACACUCUUCCUGCCUUUAGUGUGAGCCCUGGCUCCUUCUUGUCCCCAAAGGGCCCACAUGGUCUCACCUUCUGCAACAGACAAGUAGAACGAUUAGUUGCAACCUUCUGCAACACCCACCCACACCCCACCCCCACCAGUUUUCAACACCACAAACUAUAGGCUAUCUGCACUCAGGCUAUCUAAGUGCUAGAUAUGGGCUGUGCCCUUGGCCUGAACCUCUCCUUACUUAACAACCUUCAGCUCUUAGCCUGAAUGUUACCUCUUCAGAGAGCACCCCUCCACCAGCUAUUAUCCCUUCAUUGUGCAGUUCACCAGCCUGAUCUUUCUCUUUCCCUUGAAAGAAAGUAUAUUUGCAUGUAGAGGUGGUAUGUUUGGAGUUUUUCUGUAAGAAACCUGACCUGAGAGGAAAAGAGGUUGACAGUGGAGCUCCCAGGGAUGGCUGAAAUGUUGGGGUCAGGGAUACUGCUCACAUGAGAAGAGGGCCAAGAAAAGAAGGAAAUGAGAAAAAGAAAGGAAAGAAGAAACACACUCCAUUGAAAGCCUGGUUAGCUGAGCCUAGCAUGACAAGGGAUUAAAUCUGUGUUUAGUGGUCCUCUACAUGGGUAAGGAGAGGGGAUACAAGCUCAGUUUGGGAAAGUGUUGUACAUUGAAUUGUGUCUCCAGUAGCUGUGAAUAGGACCUAAUUUGGUUGAGACUGUACUGGAGUGUGUGGGCCUCAUCUCACACCUGGCUCUUUCCACUUCCCUUAGCUUCUCGGUGCUCCUGCCAUGGCAGCCAUUCUCCUGACGACCAGACCCAAGGUGCCAGUGUCUUUUGAGGAUGUGUCUGUGUACUUCACCAAGACAGAAUGGAAGCUUCUGGAUAUCAAACAAAGGAUCCUCUACAAGAGAGUAAUGCUGGAGAACUACCGCCAUUUGGUGUCACUGGGGCUUUCAUCCUCCAAGCCUCACCUGGUCUCCCUGUUGGAACGAGGGGAAGGGCCCUGGGCAGCUGACAUCAACAGGACAAGGGCUGCCACAGGGAUACAGACAGGUGAAAGGAUCAAGAGCCAGACAUUAAGUUCCAAGGAGAAAUGUUGUCCAAAAGAAUUUGCAAGAACCAAUCUUCAGGGUGGCAGCAAGAGCCAAGUAGCCAGGCUGCCAGAGGAAACACUUGAGCAGAGACAAAAGCAUGCUCAUUCUCCAGAGACAGGUUCCAGCAGGGGUGACCGUCACAGGGAGAAAGACCAAGGCAGCUCCUUGAGUAAGGAAAGAGAGAUGGUGCAGAGAAGUACCCACAGCAUUAGGCAGAAUUUGGUCUCAAGGCAACAGUGUUCCAAAGGUACAGAGAAGCGGUACCUGUGCCAGCAGUGUGGGAAAUCUUUCAGCCGGAGCUCCAACCUCAUCAAGCACCGCAUAAUCCACAGUUCUGAGAAGCCCUAUGAGUGUUCUGAGUGUGGGAAACUCUUCCGGCGCAGCUUUGCCCUGCUGGAGCACCAGCGUAUCCACAGUGGAGAGAAGCCCUAUGUGUGCGAUGAGUGCGGGAAGACCUUCACACGCAGCUCCAACCUUAUCAAGCACCAAAUUAUCCACAGUGGUGAGAAGCCCUACAAGUGCCCAGAGUGUGGGAAACUCUUCCGGCGCAGCUUUGCCCUGCUGGAACAUCAGCGCAUCCACAGUGGCGAACGGCCCUAUGAGUGCAGUGAGUGUGGGAAGGCCUUCAGCAGGAGCUCCAACCUCAUUGAGCACCAGCGUACCCACAGUGGCGAGAAGCCCUACACAUGUAGCCAGUGUCCAAAAGCCUUCAAGGGUGUCUCUCAACUCAUUCACCAUCAGCGCAUCCACAGCAGGGAGAAGCCAUUUGAGUGCAAGGAGUGCGGGAAGGCCUUCCGGGGGCGCUCAGGCCUCAGUCAGCACCGCCGGGUGCACAGUGGUGAGAAACCCUAUGAGUGCAGUGAGUGUGGGAAGACGUUCAGCAGAAGAUCCAACCUCUUCAAGCACCAGGCAGUUCACAGCGAUGAGAGGCCCUACGAGUGUCAAGACUGUGGGAAGGUAUUCCGGAGCAGCUCACUCCUCCUGGAGCACCGGAGGGUGCACGAGUGUGAGAAGGCCUGUAGCAAGAGUGGUGAGAGGCCCUGCACAUGUGGCAAAUGUGGCAAGUGUGGCAAGGCCCUUAAGAUGAAAUUGCAGCUCCGUCAGUAUCAGAAAAUUCGCCAUGGAAGGAAGAAUUUGGAGGACAGCGACUGUGAAAAAGUGCCAGCCUCUUUGGCCCUCAAAAGUCCCAUUGAAGAGCCCCACCCUGCAGAUGAGAAGCAGGGAAUAGAUUCUGAAUUCACAGCUGCCCACAGUGCUAUCUGACAAGGUUGUCCAUGGGGAAUCUGGGCACCCUGCUCCCCUCCAUUCUGUCAUUGAUGAUGCAGUUGAGGCAGGGACUUCACUGUAGCCUCUGCCAUGGGCUAAUUACAGGCUUCCAUGUAUGUGCACAGGUAUGCAUACAUGUAGAGCCAAUGCAUGAGCUGCUGCAAGAGCUCCUGAAUGCCCAUCAGGACUUUGUGCUUAUGAGCAGGAGGAAACCUGUGAGUAGGGCCACCCCAAGGGCACAAGUACCUUGAGUUAAGGAGAGAUGGUCUAUUUUCUCUCAUGGGGUCAUUCACUUCACCCCAAAACUUGUUAGCAUUUCCAGGUUGAAGAUACUAAAAGCACUUUAAUGCUUUAAGAGCUUAUAAGUGGAAGGAACUUGAGGGAAUUCAAAAUUGUGAGCUCUACAAGUAGGCUGUGGCCUGACUGUGACAUCCCCAAAUUUCAUCAAGAAAUGGUCUGAAAAUGGGCUUGGGCAAAUGCUCUUGUGGACUGCUUGUGCCUGCAUUGUCAACCUCUGCUCUGUGAGAAGGCACAGGACACCCUGCUAUCAUGUUGAGCAGUGAUCCGUUCUUUUUCCUGGCCAUUUGUCUUUGUACCUGAAAACUACAGCCUUCUAUGUGUGUCCCCAGUUGCUGCUUCUCAGAGGAGCAGCACCCAAGGCCCCAUCUUCUUAGAGCUCAGAGCUUGGGAGCGGGUGUAUGGGGAAUGGUUGCCCAGGGGCCUGCAUAGAGGAUGAGGCCCAGGGCCUCAGCAUCUCCUCCCUGGAGAGAAGCCCUUUUGCUCUGGUCCCUUAAAGCAGCAGGCUCCAGGCAAGACCACUGCAGCAUUGCAACAUCUGCCACCAGCUGCCCUGCUGCCUUUGGUCUCCUCCCUGCCCACCAGACCCUCAGGCUUGCCCCACCUGCUACAUUCUGUCCCUCCCACCCCACCAGCAAAGGCCACCCUAGCUUCUCUGUCCUUCCUCCCCACCCUCAGUGCCUAAAGCUUCAAACUUAGCUGCUCCCCACCCCCACCCAAGCAGCCACCCUUUGUGGCUUGUGCCCAUCAGGAAGAAAGCAAGACGGGUUAAGAAUUUGCACAGAGGGUGCCCAAUUGUGGUUCUCUCAUUGGAUCUGUCUUCACAUGACAUUUCUUAAAAUAUUGGAGGUUCAGUUGCUUUGAAUGUUAUAUGUAAGUUGGGAUAUGUUAUAUGUAAGUAUGGGAUAAUGUAAGUUGAAGAUUGGGAUUUUUGCCAUAUGAGAGUGUCAGGGAAUUGCUCCUGGAACAAGAUCCCCCCGCCCAACCCCUGCCAACCCUUUGAGAAGUACUCAGACAACAGAAAAGGACCUCACCUCCUGAAGCCUAACACAUGAUUAGUGUGGUGGCAAGCCUAGUUACUAUUCUCACUCCUCCCCCUUAGCCCUGUGGAAACAGAGCAGACCCUUCAAAUAGCACUUUACUGCAGGCUAAGAGAGGUUCUCAAGGAGAAAGCUCACACUGGCCAAGAGGCAGCUGCUGGCAGGCUCUGUCCUGUUCCAUCUGUGCUGUCCCUAGAGCUGGACCCAGGAGUUAUGCCCCUUAGUACUCUCAACCUAGCAUUCUGGUUGGCUUGCCACCUCCUUCCAGCCCUCUUCACUCCCAGGGGCUCUGGUCUGUCAUACGGAGCACCUGAGGACAGACAGAUGAUAGAUGUUCUGCAGGCCACCCACUGGGCCUCCAAGGAGCAAGCUUACCUUCUCUGCAAGACAGGGGAGGAUCAAAGACCCAUCAGAAGAAGGUGGGAAGACCUGAAAGUACAGGAUUCCUUCUGAACAUGCUGCUUGGAGCUCCAAUUGCUAAGACAACUCCAGAAGUGAGAAAUAUAAGUGUAAGUGUAAAUAUAGGUGUUUUAUCUAGAUAUAUUGAAAGGAUUUUCCAUACCUCUGACUUAUGGGAAGUUCUUGUAAUUUGCUCUUAUCUCACAGCUUCCUUCACUGAGCCCAUACCACCUCAUCCUUUGAUUGCCUUCUGCUCUGUGUUAUAUUCAUGUUUGUGCCCUAGUUGCCAAGCCCAGUGCUUGGUAAUUAGUAAAUGCUUGUGAAAGGAAUAUUGCCCCGUUAGCACAUUGAACUCAGGUUUUAGACUGUAGUCAGCACCGGCCUUACCUUGAGGCAGUUGAAAGUCCCUGCAGCUUCAGGUUUUCUAGUAGAAAAAGAAGUAGUGGGAGCAGUGUCUGAAGUCCAUGGAGAGGUCAUUGGGAAAUGUGUGUUUUCCAAGGCACGGACAAUCUUUGCUGCAUUUGGCAUGGAUUCAGGAAACCAAUCCCCAUGCAGGGCAGGGCACAGUGGCAGGAGGCCUUGUGCUUGGAUUCCAGUCUUGUUCAACCAUGCCCUGACCAGGACUGGGGCAGCAGCUGCCACAUGAUGGGAAUUGGAAAUAGUGAACAAUUUUGCUCUUAACAAGCCAGUCAGUUACCAGAUUUUAAUAAAGAAGGCUUGGAUCUCCUCAUUGGUCAUUACUAGAUGAGCUAACUUGAUUUUUUUUUAGAUUUUAGAAACUUUUAUUUAUUUUUAAGCUAAUUUAAUUAUUAGUGUGAACUCCUUUUUUCACAUUGGAACCCACAGGCAAAGAUGACUAGGUCGGGGGAGGGGGUAAUGUACAGGUAGUUUAAGUAAAAAGUAGAUUUUCCUGGAGAGAUGCUAUGCACUUUCACUCUGGUUUUAGAGUGCCCUGAUGCUUACCCAGAUAAGUGACAUUUACAAUAACAAGACAUUGGGUCAGCUCAUGGCACAUCUGAGUCUGUAGGCUGUUUGACCUUUGAACCUUUGGGCACUUUUCAAGAGCUAUUUAAAUACUAUGGCAGUAUCCCCAUGUACCAGUAACUGGUAGCUAUCAGAUGGUUUAAAGUAACCAGAUACCAGCUAGGUUAGAGGUGUCAGGAAAGACAAUAAGCAUGGAAUUAUGGGGGAAAGCUAAAGCUGCUGUGUUUGGACAUCUUUCAGCCCCCUGCAUAAAUAAAGCAGAAACCCUUGAGAGCCAGCUGUGUAGGAAUCAGGGGCAGCCACCUGAAGCUGGUCAGACACCAUGACUCUGAGACCAGGAAGGGUCAAGCACCACAUCAGUCCCCUGAGAAACACAAUUCUGUUGCCAUUCUUCAGACAACAUGGAAGUGUCCACACUCAUCACUGUGGGUACACUGGCCUCGUGUAGCCCUGUAGAGAGGGUAGCUCCAUCUUCAAUCUCCCAUUGUUUGCUUCUUGACCUCUCUGUAGAGGGACUCCAGCAUGGAUACUCUUCUGUCCUGUAGGCCCAGGACAGAAGACUCUCCCUGACUUUGCCUGCUGGUGGUACCUCAGUCUCUUUCUACCUUCCUGUUCCCCCAGCGAUUCUUGGGGUCCUUGGCCCUUCCCUCUGCCCUUUAUGUCCAAUGGUCAUUGAGCCACCAGAUACUGUCCAAUGGCAAUUAUGGUUGGCCCAGCCCCAUCUGCCCCCUCAUGUGGCCCCUCAUGUGGCCUUGUGCUGGGCUAAUGGCAACAUCCAUGUCUGGGGCCCUAAAUAGGUCUGGGCGCUUAGCUCUUUCCAAUCAUGGCUGGUAUACUAGGAUGUUAGAGUGCCUACAAGAGUUUCUCUGCUUGGCAAAGCUGCCAGGUGACUUCAACAAAGAAAUAAACAAAAGCUGUUUUCCCUGAGAGCAAGUGGCUGGAAUCCCAGACUUGUUUCCAAGGGAGGAGAAAGCAGGUCUGAGAAAGGGGCUCUUGGAGGUUUCAUUGCCAUUGCCACUCAGCAUCCUUAGGUCCCAAAUGUUUACUGAAUGGUUUACUCUCACUCCUGAAUGUGUUCUCACUGGCAUUAUGGCAGCAUGGUUACAGCAGGAUGCUGGUUUCAGAGCUGACUCCCAUGAAGCAUCUAGGACAAGCCAGGACCCCAAAUCUUUACUCCUUUACUCAGCCAAGGGGACACAGCAGACUUUCAGCUAGGGGUGCUAAGUGUACACCUUGUUAGGUAUUAAAGCAUGACAAGUUGUGUCUCGAGGCUAGGUAGGAAUAAGUGCCAGGUGAGCUCUCAAGACAGGAAGUAGAGGUCAAGGGACUUCCAGCAGUAGGGUGGAGAGAGGAAGGGAGGGCACAUGGUGUGUUAGGGAACCCUACAAGGGCAGAGGGCUUGCUGUAGGACAGUUAGAGGUGAAAGGUCAUUAGAACCAGAGUGCAGAAGCCUGGGAUGACAGAGGAAGAAUUUUAGACUCUAGCUAGUUCCUGAUGAGAAGCAAUUUUUACUCUUUAUUGUUUUUAUUUUUUAAAGAUUUUAUUUAUUUUUAGA